AGUACAACAAACUCAGAAUCUUUGAGUCUGCCACAGAGUUAAAACCCUGUUUUCCAUUUGUUUUGUUCUGCCCCCUUAACUAUCAACUCUCACAUCAAUGGCUGCUAUAUGCUAUCAAUCUCCCAUUAAACUCAACUUCACCACCUCCAAUCCCAUCCCUAAUAAUCCUCCCUCUCUUUACCCCAUCAAAACCCGAUUCUCUUCCGGAUUCAAUCUCUCAGCAGUCCCUUCCAAAACCCAAACAACCCAUAUCACCAUACCUGAACCCGAACCCGUUUUCGCCUCCGUCAAGUCAUUUGCUCCGGCGACAGUGGCGAAUCUGGGCCCGGGAUUUGAUUUCCUCGGCUGCGCCGUCGACGGGAUCGGCGAUUUCAUCACUCUCCGCGUUGACUCAAAAGUCAAACCUGGCGAAGUUUCAAUCUCCGACAUCUCCGGCGACGGCGAAAAGUUGAGCAAAGACCCUUUAUCGAACUGUGCAGGUAUAGCUGCUAUCUCCGUCAUGAAAAUGCUUAAUAUACAGUCCGUAGGUCUUUCGAUUUCCCUUGAAAAAGGGCUGCCUUUGGGUAGUGGACUCGGUUCUAGCGCCGCCAGUGCUGCGGCGGCAGCGGUGGCCGUGAACGAGCUUUUUGGCGGGAAAUUAAGUGUAUCUGAUCUUGUUCUUGCUGGGUUAGAAUCUGAAACAAAAGUCUCUGGUUAUCAUGCUGAUAAUAUAGCACCUGCUAUAAUGGGCGGUUUUGUGUUAAUAAGAAGCUAUGAUCCGUUAGAAUUGAUCGAAUUGAAGUUUCCACUUGAAAAAGAUUUGUUCUUUGUGCUUGUGAAUCCUGAAUUUGAAGCUCCAACAAAGAAGAUGAGAGCAGCAUUGCCGAAUGAGGUGACAAUGUCCCAUCAUAUAUGGAAUAGUAGUCAGGCGGGGGCAUUGGUGGCGGCGAUAUUGCAAGGGGAUUCGAGGGGUUUGGGGAAGGCGUUGUCGUCGGAUAAGAUAGUGGAGCCUAAAAGAGGGCCGUUGAUACCGGGGAUGCAGGGAGUGAAGAAGGCAGCGUUGGAAGCCGGGGCGUUUGGUUGCACGAUUAGCGGGGCGGGACCAACUCUGGUGGCAGUGACGGAUGGGGAGGAGAGAGGGAGGGAGAUUGGUGAGAGAAUGGUGGAAGCGUUUAUGAAAGAAGGGAAGUUGAAGGCUUUGGCUAUGGUCAAAAAGCUUGAUCGGGUUGGUGCUCGAUUGGUGAGUAGCAAUCCCAGAUGAUCGAUCAAUCGAUCAACUACGCCUCAAUUGCAGACUAGACUAGUAUGGUGGAGGUUGUAUGAAUCCUUUAUAUCUUUUCUCUGUGUGAAUUCAUCAUGAUAUGUGAGAUGAUAUGUUAGGAAUUUAUAUGCAAUUUUCAAUGUAUCAUGUAUUGGUUAUUAAGAAGUCAGCUGAGCAAUAAUAAAACAGUUAGAAGGUGCCAUUUGACAUGACCUGCUUGUCAAUUGAUAAACAUUCUUGAUUUGUCUUUCUGGGAAAACAUUUUGUUCAAUAUUUAUCUUGCAAUAUGUUGAACAUCACUUGCACUUUCUGAUA